ACAGCAUGGAUCGACAUCAGCAAACAUCCGUUAAAAAACGUCAUCUCAACUCCGGAAAAGAGUUAAGUGUAGUGGCCGGCAGAUGUGUAGCGCAGUCAAUUGCCAGAGACGCUCCCUCUGUAUUGCGACCCAUUUGCCUCGUGUAGGCUAUUUACAAGUUAAAAUCACGCACAUUCAAGAGACUGCCUUGCUUCCAUUCAUGUAAUAAGGGACUCCGACUACACGCAUGGGGAACUUGCGAUCUAAAAUAUUACUCCCGGUGGGGCUUCUGCUGCUUGGGAUUGUAUCCAUUCUUUUGCUCACCAUUCCGACCAAAGAAAUUUACGCGCCUCCACCUGACAUGUAUGGUAUUGUGUUGGAUGCGGGGUCCUCCCACACAUCCAUGUACAUCUACAAGUGGCCGGCAGAUAAACAGAAUGACACAGGAGUGGUCAGCCAGCACAGCGAGUGUCACGUCAAAGGAGGGGGAAUCUCCAGCUAUGCAGGCCAGCUGGGAGCUGCUGGACGCAGUCUGGAGGACUGCCUCAAGACAGCCACAGAGGAAAUCCCUAAAGCACGUCAUCGGCUCACACCAGUGUACCUGGGUGCAACAGCUGGGAUGAGGCUCUUAAACCUCUCCAACCAUAAUCACUGUGCAAGUGUUCUUGAGGAGGUUGGUCAGAAGAUUAAGAGCUAUCCCUUUGACUUCAAGGGGGCCGCGAUCCUUAGCGGUCAGGAGGAGGGUGCGUACGGCUGGGUCACUGUGAACUAUCUCCUGGAGAACUUCAUCAAGUAUGGAUUCGUAGGUCAGUGGUUGAAUUCAGCAAAGCCGACCGUCGGGGCACUAGAUUUCGGAGGGGCCUCCACCCAGAUCACAUUUGUGACCCAGGAUCAUGUGGAGAGCCCUGAGAACCAGAUGAAACUGCGACUGUACGGGAAAGACUACAGGCUGUACACCCAUAGCUUCUUGUGCUACGGACUCGACCAGAUGCUGCUACAGCUCAAGGCCCAAGUUCUGAAGUCUCAGGGCUAUGCCAGUUCUGUGUCGCACCCCUGCUAUCCACAGGGCUAUGAGGAUCAAAUUAAAAUGGGAAGUGUGUUUGACUCUCCCUGCACAGUCCCCCUCAAACCUACUCCCUACGACUCAGGAGCAACAGUGACUCUGAGGGGCACGGGCCAUUAUGAUCACUGUCUGGGCAACAUGUCUGCGAUCUUCAACUUCCAGGACUGUCCAUAUAGCAAGUGUUCCUUCAAUCAGAUAUUCCAGCCCAACAUCAGUGGCAGCUUCUUGGCGUUCUCUGCGUUCUUCUAUGUGCACUCUUUCUUGGAACGCACCACUAAGAUAACUGUGAACACUCCAGUUAAACUGGAGGAAGCAACCAGAGCUCUAUGUAAUAUGAGCUUCAAGGAGAUGCUAAGUAUAGCCCCUGAUCAAGAAUCACGCCUGCAAAGGUACUGUCCUGCCUCUGCGUUCAUCAAUCUGCUUCUGGUGAAAGGCUAUGGCUUUGAUGAAGAUUCCUUCCCUCAAAUUGCCUUCCAAAAAAAGGCAGGAGAUACGUCUGUUGGCUGGGCGCUAGGCUACAUGUUAAGUCUGAGCAACAUGGUGCCAGCGGAGAGUUUGUCACUGAGGAGAGCCCUCCUCCCCGGAGCCUGGAUCACCUUAAUCGUCCUCUUCGCACUGUUGCUCGUCGCCACCCUGGGGCUGUUAGCCUACCAAGCCCUCCGACAGCAAAAGAAAGCUAGCGAUCACUGUUAGAUCCCAGCAGUGGAUGAAUUGAUAGAUGAAUCGAUAGAUAGAUACCUUCUUAAUCCUGAAGGGAAUAUUUGAAUCUCAAAGGACAUUUUUGAAACAGAUUGGACUAGACUUGAUCUCACUGAUACAUUCCAGAACUAUUUUAUAUGGGAAUUUGUGUCAAAUGUUGUAUUGAUCAAAUGGCAGCUCUAAUUACAAAUUAAUCAAAUCCUCUUUUCUUGCUUAUAGACUGUAGUUAGGUACAUGCCCGUAUUAAGGCAGCUGACCUGUGUUGAUGACUGAGUGAAAUGGCCGAAAUACAGAGGUCCACCAUCUCAAACCCUGUCACUUUAAAAAGCAUUGCAUUCUUUUCCAUUACAAACAAAAUCUGGACAGAGGGUCGUAUACAGUAAACUAUGAUGUGCCACUUAUGCACCAUUUUCCCCAUGCCAGUACAGAAUAUAGCCUACAAAUGGUAGGUGAGGUACUAGGACAGGAAAAGAAGUUGGAUGAAGUGUAUAUGCCAUUGGAGCCAAUUGUUGAGUCUAUCAAGCAAAGACAUAUAGAGUCAACCAGUGGCUCUAAUGGAGAUUCUUUGCUACGUGAAGUAAAGAAAGAAUCUGGUAAUUGAUCACCAACUCAGUGAUGAGUGGAUGGAUGGAUGGAUGGAGGUCACGCUACUCCAUCAUUGCUUCAUAGCUUUUGAGAGUAUACGUUUAGAUUUGCUGGGUCUCCGCUUUUUGAAUAACCGAUUUGUAUUUGUAACCACUCCUUACCUAAGAAUAAGUUUGAACUUGCUUAUUAAAGCUGUGUUUUCUAUUAGGCUACUUGUUUUUGCACUAAAAUCAGGCCUUUAAUAAAAUGCUUGAAGAGGAGUACUUUCUGGA